UGUACUUUGUACCAGCGAAGGAGGCGACGACAUACUGCGAGGGCUGGGAGCGUAUAAGCUGGAGGGCGGCGCUGGUGGACUCGGGGACGACUGAGCCUGCGACAAGUCAGGACGGACGGGCGAAUUACUCACAGCACCUGAGCACGUUGGCGAGGGCCGCCAUUGAGGAGUUCGGUCCGCCUGAAUGUUCCGACCAACGCCGACUUAGUUCAAGGCGCGAACCGAAAACUUCCCUACCAUACCCAUUUCCUUCUUCCACCUCUUCCCCCAUGCACCGAAUUGCCCUUGUUAACUCGGCGCGCGCCCGUGCGCUGGCAGCGUCCGCAAAGGGCGCCAGGACUGUUGUCUCUCGCUCAUAUGCUACCGCAAAGCCAGGUGCUUCCGAGGUCUCCUCUAUCCUCGAGUCUCGCAUUUCGGGUAGCUCUGUUGCUGGCAAUGUCGAGGAGACUGGCCGUGUUCUAAGCGUCGGUGACGGUAUUGGUCGCGUCUGGGGUCUCAAGAACGUCCAAGGCGAAGAGAUGGUGGAAUUCUCCUCUGGUGUCCGUGGCAUGUGCUUGAACUUGGAAGCCGACAACGUUGGUGUCUCCAUUUUCGGUAACGAUCGUCUCAUCAAGGAAGGCGACACUGUCAAACGUACCGGCCAAAUUGUCGACGUCCCCGUCGGCCCUGGUCUCCUUGGACGUGUCGUCGACGCCCUCGGUGACCCCAUUGACGGCAAGGGCCCCAUCCAGGCUGCUGAGCGUCGCCGUGCCUCCCUCAAGGCCCCCGGUAUUCUCCCCCGUCGUUCCGUCAACCAGCCUAUGAUGACUGGUAUUAAGCCCAUCGACGCCAUGGUGCCUAUUGGCCGUGGCCAACGUGAGCUUAUCAUUGGUGACCGUCAAACUGGCAAGACCGCCGUCGCCAUUGACACCAUCCUCAACCAGAAGAGGUGGAACGAUGGUCAGGAAGAGGACAAGAAGCUCUACUGCGUCUACGUUGCCGUCGGUCAGAAGCGUUCCACGAUUGCUCAGCUCGUCAAGACCCUCGAGGAGAACGAUGCCAUGAAGUACACCAUCAUCGUUGCCGCCACUGCUUCUGAGGCUGCUCCUCUUCAAUACCUUGCUCCCUUCUCUGGCUGUGCCAUGGGUGAAUGGUUCCGUGAUAACGGCAAGCACGGUCUCAUCAUCUACGAUGACUUGUCGAAGCAGGCCGUUGCUUACCGUCAAAUGUCCCUGCUCCUUCGUCGUCCUCCCGGCCGUGAGGCCUAUCCUGGUGAUGUCUUCUACCUGCACUCUCGUCUCCUCGAGCGUGCUGCCAAGAUGAGCGACAAAUUUGGUGGAGGAUCCCUCACUGCACUUCCCAUCAUUGAGACCCAGGGUGGUGAUGUGUCCGCAUACAUUCCCACCAACGUCAUUUCCAUCACUGACGGUCAAAUCUUCUUGGAGGCUGAGCUCUUCUUCCGUGGCGUUCGCCCCGCUAUCAAUGUCGGUCUUUCGGUGUCUCGUGUCGGAUCUGCUGCCCAAACGAAAAUCAUGAAGAAGUUCGCUGGUUCGCUCAAGCUGUACCUCGCCCAAUAUCGUGAAGUCGCUGCCUUUGCCCAGUUCGGUUCCGAUCUCGAUGCAUCCACUCGUUUCCUCCUCGCCCGUGGUGCCCGUCUGACUGAACUCUUGAGGCAAGGUCAAUACCAACCCCUUGCUACUGAGGUCCAGGUCCCCAUCAUCUACGCUGGUGUCAACGGUCUUGUCGACUCUAUCCCCGUCGACAAGAUCACCAAGUGGGAAGCCGAGUUCCGUGAGCACCUCACCACCCAAGGCGCCCUCCUCAAGGAAAUUGCCACUGGUACUGUCACCCCUGACCUUGAGGCCAAGAUCAAGAAGGUUGUUGAGGACCACGUCUCUUCUUUCACAUCGUAGA